AUGUCGGUUCUUUGCAAACGAUGCGAGGUCAUCCGGCUAAACGACGCGGAGCACAAUGGGUUUGUUCAGGUUGCAAAGUCUGGCAAGACCUACCUCGGCUUCGAAUUCCAGGAGUCUACAGGGCGUCUUUUUCUGGAAUACGAGCUUAAAGACUCAUUCCCUGAUCUUCCUGUGCUCUCUCGUUCUGCAUUAGAAGGUUGCGCUCUGUGUGUCCUUCUGAAAGACGAAAUCACAAAAUUUCGAGCUCAAACAUGGAGGUCGAUACAUCAGCAAACAAACCUAUUCAUACACAAGCUCUUGUACUCCAUGUCGCAUACUAGGGAAAGCGACGAGGUGCUGCAUAGAUGCUCUUUGGAGGCACUACUUGUUCACUUCAAACUUUUGCAUCCAACCAAUCCUGACGACCAAUCGUCCCACGCGCUCCGUCUCGAUAUACAAGCAGACCCCACUGGCAUGCGACGUUUGAACCAGCUCAAAGACGUAGCGUUCUCAAUUCCAAACCUUCCCCCAAUCUCGGAACACUUGCGCCUACCAACACGCCUCAUUGACGUCGGUCUUCGAGGUCCAGGCAAUCAAUAUGAGGAGCCCCGACUGGUAGUGACCUCACACUAUCCGCUACUUCGAAGUAAAGUUGGGAGCAACCACUACCUCGCUCUCAGCUACUGUUGGGGUCCGCCCGAGAAAGCCUCAAAGCAACUCAAGACUGAGACCUUGACGCUCAAGGAUCGACUCCAUCAGAUCCCUUUCACAGAAUUUCCAAAGGCGCACCAAGACGCUAUCAAGUUGAGCCGCGCUUUAAGCAUCCGUUACAUCUGGAUAGACUCUCUUUGUAUCAUCCAGGAUGAUGCAGACGAUUGGGGACGGGAGGCGGCACAGAUGGGAAAUGUGUACGCUAAUGCGUACUUGACCGUCUGCGCCGCUCAAGGCGACUCAUGUCUAGACGGGUUUCUCCAGCGCUCAGGUCCUUCUCACGUCAUCGAUGUUCCCUUCACCUCAUCUCUGGACUCCGCCUUUUCUGGCACCUUCUCCAUAUUUGCGUCGUCGCCAACGGAUGACUAUGUUCAAACGGAUAUCUUUGAGGGGGCGAACCUCAGCGACUGUUUCAACCCGAACCCACCUCCCCCAAACCCGUACCGAUGGACGGUAGGAUCUCGCAAGCCUUACGAGCAAGACGUCAACCAAUGCAGCUGGAAUGGACGCGGCUGGACAUUUCAAGAGUUCCUGUUAAGCCCCAGAAUUCUUCUCUUCGGUAAAAGUAUGGUUCAUGUCUGUUCUGGUAACGUUUUGAUCCGGUCAGAAGAUGCAAUGGGCAAUAGCUCCAAUGAAGGUCCAAAGUACCUGCUGGACAGUCGACACGGAAAUACGAAGGAAUCUGAAGAACAAGUACUCUCGGACUGGCAGGGGCUGGUUAGGGACUAUUCCCGCCGAUCUCUGACCCAUUCGAACGAUAUUCUGCCAGCCGUAUCGGCGCUGGCAAAACUCUGGGCCGGGAAGGUUGAAGGCGACUACCUCGCCGGGGUCUUCAGUUCAAAUCUUCACCAAGACCUUCUGUGGGCGCAUGAGGGCAUGAGAACGCCAGGGGAGUUCCUCAAUCAGAUACCCGAGCAAUACACAGCGCCAUCAUGGAGCUGGGCGUCCCAAUCAGAUAGCAUCUCAUGGGUUUGGCACGCAGUGACCGCUUUCAAGCCGGAAUUCCACCUUGUGGAGAGCAAAGUCUCUCCAAAAGGCCUGGACCCGUAUGGUCGUGUCAAGUCAGGCCACCUCUUGCUUUCGACCAAGAUUCAAAAGAUUCCGAGUACGAGACUACAACGUGGAUCCGAGUUUCUCGGUUACAUUUUCCCUUACAAGCUGGUGUCGGAAGACGGGACACCGUUGGCGUAUGUUCGCUUCGAUUGGCGAAGUCCCAACUCAGAAGCGCCGAAAGAUCCAGAUACAGGAGAAGAGUGUGAAGAUGGUCCAGUAGAUCAUAUACUCAUGGUUUUGAUCUCUAGCAAAGUUACCGAGGAAUGGUAUAAGCGUGGGGGCUCUCUCACGUAUCAGGACCUUCUUUUGGGUCUUCUUGUGCUUCCUACUAGCACUCCUGGCGAGUAUCGCAGAGCAGGGGUGUUUUUCACUGAAGCUAGUGGUCAGUGUGGAAGGGCAUUCUGGGACCAAUGUAGCACUCGGGAAGUCAAGCUUGUGUGA